AUGGAUAAAAAUCUUCUUUUUCAGAAUGAGAAAGCGCAACUCCUCAAAACAUUUCUCUGGCAAGAUGUUACAUGGAAAAAUGAAUUUACCAAGUGGGACCCGGAAGAGUGUGGAACUAGUCGGGUGUCUGUUCCAAGGACAAAUCUCUGGGUACCAGAUAUUAUAAUCAAUGAAUUCAUGGAUGAAAACACAGCUCCAAAGGUGCAAUAUGCCUACCUGCUUUCUGAUGGUACUGUGAGUGAUUCACAGCCUAUCAAAGCCAUCACCUCCUGCAGGCUUGACAUCUACUUGUUUCCAUUUGACAUUCAGAACUGCACUUUAUCAUUCAACUCAUACACACUCAAGAGUAGUGCUCUGCAGCUUCACCUGACAGGGACUGCAGAGAGGAUGUUUGAAUACUCUAAAUCAAAGAUGGCAACUAUGGGUGAAUGGGAAUUAAUUGGAAUUGCAGCAGAGAAAUACAUAACACCAUCUAGAACUUACGAUGAAAUUCGCUUCUAUAUCUCAUUGCGGCGCCACGCCAUGCUGUACGUAGCGAACCUCCUGCUCCCUAGCUGCUUCCUCAUCACUGUGGACCUCUUCAGCUUCAUCUUACCUCCCAAUGAUACUGACCGGUCUUCAUUCAAGAUGACACUAAUCCUGGGCUACACCGUCUUCCUGCUCAUAAUGAAUGACCUGCUGCCUGUCACUGGAAAUGCCAUACCUCUCAUAAAUGUUUUCCUGUCUAUGUGCCUGGCUAUGAUGGUGGGCAGUCUAUUGGAAACUAUCGUCAUUACAAACUUCCUCUGCGGUUCCUCUCACUAUUCUCGAGCUCCUCGCUGGAUCAGAGUGCUUUUUCUUAAAAUCCUGGGUCGACUAGUAUGCCUUCCUCCAAAGCCCAGAGAUCGAAAUGACACAGUGAUCCAAAAUCCGGUCACAAAAGGUAGGAUAGAAGAGGAAUCCAAGACUCUGGAGCAGAAGGGGCCACUGAGUGAGGACAAAACCCUGCAAGAGCUGAGGAGCCUGGGCAGAGUCCUCCAGGCCAUCCGCCUUCAGGUGGAGCAGCAUCUGAGCAAAAGCUUGAGCACAGAGGAAUGGAUCCAGAUAGGUUUAAUCAUAGACCGCCUGCUGUUCAUCCUUUACAUCAUCUUCAUAACAGUCAGCUUCAUUACCAUCAUCAUUAUCUGGGUGGUUUCAUACAAUGCAGCCUAA